AUGCAUAUUCGAGUAGGGGCUAUUGGCGCACCAGGAACUACGGGAAUUACUUUUAGAGCGGAUCCUGGAUACGUUCGACGGAUCAUGGCUGGUCAAGGUUCUUACCGUGACCUCGUGGCUCUUGACUGGUUCUUUCAGCAUUUUCUUCCAAUCAUGACGAUUCUGCAGUCGAUCGAUAUCUCACGAACGCAGGGCAACAAUGGAACACUGGUGGCAGAACUGUUGACAGAGCACACCGACAACUUGAGGACGGUCAAGAUCUCUUCGACUACGCCUAACUGA